AUGAAGUAAUAUUUUUCUCUUCAUUUUUCUUUCUAUUUUCUUUCCUUUUAUUUUUCUUCCCUCUCAUUUCCACCCCUCAUCCAAAUUCCAAACGAAUCCAAAACGUUAAGCAAAAAAAGGGAAUAAGGAAACCAGAAAAACUAACCUAAGCCAAGUACGAAAAUGGCGAUAUCCCAAUUCCUUUCUUCAACACCGCUGGCACCUUCUCUCCAAUUAUCCUCCACCAAACCCCACCGCGAUUUCCGAAUUAACCGCAGAUACUUCGCCAUCACUCCCUCCGCCGCCUCCUCUUCCUCCUCCAACAGCAACCACUCUCCGCCACAGAGCGCCACCGCGUGCCCCGUCCCGCCGUCGCAGCAGCCCGUCAACGAAUUCAAGGCCUUGUCGGAAUCAUUCCCUUUCUAUUGGGCCUCCGGCGACCUGAACGAGUACAUCUCGCGGCUGUUCCUCACCGGAUCUUCGUUUGCGCUCCUCGUAGGCCUGCCCGUUCUCUGGUUCGGGUCGGUUCGACCCGAGUCCGACCCUUUGAAGCCGGUUCUGGGUGCUGCUUUUAGUGGGCUUUUCGUGGUCACUAUCGCAGUUGUGAGGAUGUAUCUGGGGUGGGACUAUAUUUCAAACCGCCUUCUCAGUGCCACAGUUGAAUAUGAAGAGUCUGGGUGGUAUGAUGGCCAGACGUGGGUGAAGACUCCUGAAACGUUGGCACGUGAUCGACUCUUGGGGUCAUUUUCUGUGAAGCCAGUCCUGGAUAGAUUGAAGAACACCCUCGGGGUUCUCGCGACUUCUUUGCUUCUAUGUGCUGCUCUUCUUCUUCUUAUAUCUGCAGAACCUGGGCCGGCCCAACAAGUUGCUUUCCCUGGGGUUUACAGUGAUGAGUCUGCAAGACUAUUUGAGGCAGAUGCAUUUCAUGGUGAACCUGACCUUAGUUAAACAGUGCUGUUCACUAUGGAUGGAUUUCCAUUUAAGGAAUUUUCUUUGGGGCAGCUCUCGUUAUUACAAAAAAGUGCCUUUAGUCAUAGGAGGAAAUUUGCCACGCAAAGAAAUAUGGAGGGCUAGG